CGCCCCCGAACACGAUAUUUUAGGCGCCGGCGAUGAGCUUCUGGGAGGCGGAGCCGCUGGUUCUGCGUGCGCCAGUGCUACUGCAGCGGCCGGCGGCUCGAGCGUCAAGCCCGUCGCCCUGCUUCCCUCCGACAACCCCGACGCCACAGUCUGCCUACCCCCCGUACGGAGUUGGCGGUGGCAGUGGCGAGUCCGCAGCCGGCGGUGUGGGACCAGUUCAAGGAGGGGGUGGGGAUCAUGGAGGGGAGCUGCGGGAGGAGGUGGAGAUCAAGAAGAGACUGCUGGUCCAUGCCCGUGAGAAUGGGAAUGGACAUGGCCAUGUCAAUGGAGGAGAAGCAGAGGAGGACAAUGGGAAGGGCCCAAGGUUGCUGAAGAGUAGCAGCAGCCGCACAAGAGUAUCUGAAGAUUCUGAACAUGCAAGAAAAUCUGCAGGAGUAAACAAUUUCUUUUAGUAGAUAUUGCAAGUGUUUGUUCUGAACAUGUACUCUUACUGAAGAUAUUGCAAGUGUUCUGAACAUGUACUCUUACUUUGCUUGGAGUAAUUAACUGGACAUCUUGAAGUACUCCAAUUAUGAAUUAUUUGCAGAAAUUCAGUGAAGUACUGUACUCGAGUGUGCAUUAAUUACAUAAACUUGCUUGCUGUUAACUGUUGUAGCAUUAGGAGUAGUUUUACUGCAGUACUGCUUGAACUACUCCAAGCAUUAGGAGUACUGUAAAUGGAGUGCUUGCAUUAGGAGUAGCAAGUGCAGUAGUAGCCCUAAAUCCAGUAGCUGCAAUAAUGAAACCUUUUCAAAUAAAAAUGAUCAUACAAAUGGAGUAAAAAUAACUUUUUAGUUAAUUUAAAUUAACUGAAGCUUUUCUAGUUAAUGAAAAUGAACUGAAACCUUUUCUGUUAAUUAGGGAGGACAACAGUAGUAUAGCACUGCAGCAGGAGUACUUUGUUUUAGAGUAUUAACUGAAACUUUUUCAGUUAAUUAGUAGUAGUAAGCAAGAUGAUUUCCAGUAGCAAUUCCAGUACCAAUUCCUUAGAUUUAAAUUAACUGGAGUAGUAUAGCACUUGCUCUCUCUUCUUCUCUUGUAGUAGAGGAAGAGGAGCAGCUGACAUGAUGAGAUGCAGAGAUAGUUCAUCAUGCCCAUCACUUUGUUCAAGUGCCAUGUAUGUUCUUCAGAGAACAUGGCUAAU